AUGCCACCGAAAAAAUCUAAACUGAAUAACGCGUGCACCAGAGAGGCACGACGCAAACGUGUUGAAAGAGCUCAGCAAUUACCAGAACAAAUCGAAACAAGAAAUGCAGCUCAAAGAAUCAGGACUGCAGAAAGUCGUGCACAAGAAUCUCAAGAACAGCGUGACGAACGUCUGCGACAGAAUAUUACGAGAACAAGAGCGGCACGAGAACGAAACAUAGCUACAGUACGAGUACUAGAUCGACAAAGGCAACGGAUCAGCCGCUCAUUAACACGUGCAUCAUUCGUUCGGCUUGCCUUUGAAUAUGCACCAGAUAUUAACUACUCAGCGCAUUCAAAAAUUGCUAUCGGUGGAAUGGAUAAAGUAUGUCAAUAUUGUCAGGCAUUGAAAUUUCGGAAUGAAGCAGCCGGCAUGUGCUGCGCAUCAGGAAAAGUUGUGCUGUCACCUCUACCCGCUCCGCCGGAGCCUUUAUUAUCCCUUCUUACUGGCAAUUCAGAUGAUUCCAAAUUAUUUUUGCGCCAGGUGUACCAUAAAAUCGGAUCACUGAUGCCAAUGCCUGAUAACAAUCCGAAAUUUCUUCAAAUUUAUUUUAUGGGCGAUUGUGAAGAGCGCGUGACGACUCGGUGCCUGUAUAAUUUUAUUGAACAAGCAGAGGAAAGAGCAAUUGUGAUAUUAUUGGAAAAUUUUUUAGAAGAUCACAAUCAACUAAUUCAAUUGAUCAAAAGAGUUUCGCCACGACUGCAAAAUGACAAUUAUCAAAUCGUCAUUAAAGCCGACAAAGUACCAUUAGGUGAACAUGCUGGUAGAUUCAACGCUCCAACUGUUGAUGAGGUUGCUGUUAUCAUGGUUGGUGAUCCAGUUGACGAAAGAUCUAUAAAAAUUACACGGCGAGACAACACUGUCAGUACGAUUUCGGAUCUACACCGUUCAUAUGAUGCACUACAAUAUCCAUUAAUAUUUUGGCAAGGACAAGAUGAAUAUCACCUCAAUAUCAAACAGUAUGAUCCAAAUACCGGUGAUUACAGAAAUAAAAAAGUUAGCUCAAUGAACUACUACGCACACCGAAUAAUGGUUAGACAACAUCAAGACAAUUAUAUCCUUCGAUAUCGUCAGCUGUUCCAUCAAUACAUUGUUGAUAUGUAUGCUAAGGUCGAAAGCGAACGCUUGCGAUUCCUUCGAUUCAACCAGGCGAAACUACGAUCGGAAGAAUAUAUUCACUUACGAGAUGCUGUUGCUGGAAACAUCGAUGGAAAUUUAAAUCCCAAUGACAUCGGUAAUGCUUUCAUUUUACCUUCAAGCUACAUCGGCAGCCCACGGAACAUGCAGGAAUACAUACAAGAUGCGAUGACUUACGUACGUCAUUACGGCCGACCGGAUUUAUUUAUUACAUUCACAUGUAAUCCGAAUUGGGAAGAGAUACAAACUUUACUAUUGCCAGGACAACAAGCCAUUCAUCGUCAUGAUUUAACUGCACGGGUGUUUAAACAAAAAUUGAAAUCCUUAAUUGAUUUUAUUGUUAAAUAUUCAAUUUUUGGUAUCACACGUUGUUGGCUGUAUACGAUAGAGUGGCAAAAGCGAGGUUUGCCUCAUGCCCACAUUUUGGUUUGGCUUAAAGAUAGAAUCCGUCCUGAAGAAAUCGAUCAAAUAAUUUCAGCCGAAAUUCCAGACCCAUUAAUUGAUCAAGAAUUAUUUGAUAUUGUCACCAAACACAUGAUCCAUGGGCCAUGCGGUGCUUUCAACAUGACGUCACCGUGCAUGGAAAAUGGAAAAUGUAAAAAAAACUUCCCAAAGCCGCAUACGAAUGACACGAUCACGGAUAUUGAUGGUUAUCCAAUGUAUCGCCGCAGAAGUACUGAGAAUGGUGGCCACACAUUUACAAUGCGACUGCCGAACUUUCCAAAUCAAGUUGAGUUUGAUAAUCAGUGGGUGGUACCAUACUCACCACUACUUUCAAAAACUUACAAAGCUCAUAUCAAUGUUGAGCUUUGCAGUUCUGUUAAAUCAAUUAAGUAUAUUUGUAAAUAUGUAAACAAAGGCAGUGAUUUGGCCAUAUUUGAAGUACAAAACAUAAAUAAAAAUGACGAAAUAGCACGAUACCAAAUGGGCAGAUACAUUAGCAGCAAUGAAGCUAUUUGGCAUAUUCUCAGCUUUCCCAUCCACGAAAGAGAUCCUGCUGUCCAACAUCUGGCAAUACAUCUUGAAAACGGUCAACGUGUAUACUUUACUGGAGAAAAUGUUCUCCAAAGAGCGUUCGAAGCUCCGAAAACGACUCUAACUGAAUUUUUUACAUUGUGUCAAAAACCUGAUGUUUUUGGCCAAUUCGCGAAGACAUUGGUGUAUGGUGAUGUUCCACGUUACUUCACAUGGAACAAAUCCAGUAAAAAAUGGGAGCCACGGAAACAAGGAAAACCACAUCCUUCCAUUACAGGCAUAUUCAAAGCUAAGACAUUGGGGAGACUUUACACGGUACAUCCAAAGCAACGUGAGUGCUUCUAUUUACGUUUGUUAUUGGUGAAUGUUCCCGGACCAACGUCUUUUGAAUUUUUACGAACAAUUAAUGGUCGAGUAUUCAAUACAUACCAGGAUGCAUGUCGUGAACUGCAAUUGCUAGAAGACGAUAACCAUUGGGACUUAACGCUUGCUGAUGCUGCGUUGACAUCAACACCGAAUAACAUUCGUCAGUUGUUUGCAAUUAUUUUGACGACAUGUUAUCCCUCGCAAGCACAAACUUUGUGGGAAAAAUAUAAAAAUUGUAUGACAGAAGACAUCUUGCACCGAAUUAGACAAACAAAUCAAUGCCAAAACAUAGAUUAUACACCAGAGAUGUACAAUGAAGCAUUGGUCUUGAUCGAGGAUUUAUGUGUUCUUAUUUCAAAUUUACCACUUAAUCAUUAUGGUAUGCCAUCACCUAAUCGUCCAGCCACCGACUUAGUCAAUACCGAUUUACAACGAGAAAAGCAAUAUGACCAUGGAAGUUUAGCAACAAUUAUCAUGAACAGUGAACCAUUACUGACAGCAGAACAAAAAAUUAUUUAUGAUCGGAUUAUGCUGGCUGUUGCUGCUGAACAAGGCGGUUUUUUUUUCUUGGAUGCACCCGGUGGAACCGGUAAGACAUUUUUAAUAUCGUUGAUUCUUGCCAAAAUACGGUCGCAACAAAAAAUCGCAUUAGCAGUAGCAUCGUCAGGCAUUGCGGCUACUUUACUGGAUGGUGGGCGAACAGCACAUUCAACAUUCAAGCUGCCAUUGGACGUUCAUAAUAAACCAGAUGCAAUGUGUAACAUCAAAAAGAAUAGUGGAAUAGCUGCAGUGUUGCGAAAGAGUUCUAUAAUAAUUUGGGAUGAGUGCACAAUGGCACACAAAUAUUCACUUGAAGCAUUAAACAGAACUAUGCAAGAUUUAAACAGCAAUAAUAGACUUUUCGGUGGUGUUAUCUUACUUUUGUCUGGUGACUUCCGGCAGACCUUACCGGUUAUACCUCGCUCAACUUUCGCGGAUGAGAUUAAUGCAUGUUUGAAACAAUCAUUCUUAUGGCGAAGUGUUGAAACACUUCGAUUGACCAUAAAUAUGCGAGUACAAUUGCAAAAUGAUCCAUCAGCACAAAUAUUUUCCGAACAACUACUAGAUAUUGGGAACGGUAAAAUAGAACUGCAACCAAAUACGCAAUGCAUUAAACUACCAGACAAUUUUUGCACUGUUGUUCAGGAUAAAAAUGAAUUGAUUCAGAGUAUUUUCCCGGAUAUACAGAAUAAUUAUUUGAAUCAUGAAUGGCUCAGUCAACGGGCGAUUUUGGCAGCCAAAAACGUUGAUGUUGACGAAAUUAACUUCCAGAUACAACAGUUGUUACCAGGCGAUCUGAUGUCUUUUAAAUCAAUCGAUACUGUUGUUGAUGAAAAUGAAAGUGUAAAUUUUCCGAUUGAAUUUUUAAAUUCAUUAGAUAUACCUGGAAUGCCACCACAUAAUCUUCGAUUAAAGAUUGGUUCCCCUAUUAUUCUCCUCCGUAAUUUGAAUCCGCCUCAAUUAUGUAACGGUACGCGUUUGGUCAUCAAAAAGAUCACCGGUAACAUUCUUGAAGCAACCAUUUUGGCUGGGAAGUUUAAAGGAAAAGUGGUUUUGCUGCCACGUAUUCCGAUGAUACCAUCAGAUUCUACCAUACCCUUCAAAAGGCUACAGUUUCCAAUUCGUUUAGCUUUCGCCAUGUCUAUAAAUAAAUCUCAAGGUCAAACAAUGUCCAUUUGUGGUUUAGAUUUGGAAAAUCCAUGUUUUUCUCAUGGUUGUUCGGUUUGGAUUUUGAUAGGAAAGGUCAUUGUAAGCAGGAAAGAAGGAUUCUUGGAUUUUACGAUCAAGUAUUCGUACAUUGCUGAAACUGGUAGAAUUGAUGAAAUAACCAUAAGAAAAGACAUGGGUUCUUUAUCAAGACAAUAUUCCAGUAUGCCAGUUUAUUACGCAUUAUUUGUUAAAAGGUUUCUAGCAAGUUCGAACGAUUCGAUUUGUUUCCUAAGGUUUUCUGCGGUUUCCUUGCAACCUGGUGAACCGGUACCUCAGCCGACCAUAGGAAAUAACGCAGCCGAAGCUGUACCCACCCACCCCCUUUUAAAUUUAAAAAUAAGAAAGAUCAAUAAAACCUUCCAGAAAUCAGAAAAAGAUAAAUAA